UCCGGGGGGGCGGUCAGAGGGCUGCCCUCUCCACCUCCUCUCGCCCUGAAAGGCUGCGUCUGCGUGCUCCCCGCUCUUUGUGCGCCUCCGUUCUCUCCUGCGCAAGUUCUGCUUCUUAGGCGGAAUUUCGUCGCAACCUUAAGAUUUGAAAAACGAACAAACAAAACAACAUUUGCUUCUCUGAGAGUGCAGCGCGCGUGGAUUAAUCCUUGAUUGUGGGACUGCGCUCUGCGCAAAGCGACUGAAUUUUACGCACGUAAGUUUGCCGAACAUCCCGUUCGUCUGCUGCGUUUCUCUCCCGAUGACUGGCGGGGAGGGAUGGACUCACUUGAAGGGCGCCUGAAGGAAAAACGCAACAAUGUGUGAAAUCCCACUUCAGCUCCAGGAUCAGAGAAACUCUGGCGGAUACGCGCACAGCUCCAGGAAGCUGUGGGGAUGGACACGUGCGUGCCUGUUGAUGCUCUUGGUGGGGGAUUUUCUGGAAUUUUCUUCGUGCUCCAGUGAGGAAGGAGCCAAAGCUGCACACGAAGGCUUUUGUCCCAACAAGCUGAACUCCAACCUGUGGGUCGAUGCUCAGAGCACCUGUGAGAGGGAGUGCGGCACGGAUGAGGACUGUGCUGACUUUGAGAAGUGCUGCACCAACGUGUGCGGCCUCAACAGUUGUGUUGCUGCUCGUUUCUCUGACGGCACCCCUGCUCAGCCCGAUGGAGGGGAUGGUGGGACGGUGGCUCCCACCUCCACAGCCACCUGCGAAGGCUUCAUCUGCAGCCAGCAGGGUGCAACCUGUGACAUCUGGGAUGGACAGCCCAUCUGCAAGUGCCAGGACCGCUGCGAGAAGGAGCCCAACUUCACCUGUGCGUCGGACGGUCUCACCUACUUCAAUCGCUGCUACAUGGACGCCGAGGCCUGCAUCCGGGGGGUGACCCUGACCGUCAUCCCCUGCCGCUUUUACCUACCCGGCCCCCACACCAGUCCGCUGCCUCAGGACACUACAGCUCACCCAACCCCAACAUCCUCCCUGGAGGAUCCCAUGCCGCCCACGCUGUACUCCAACCCCCACCACCAGUCCAUCUACGUUGGCGGCACGGUCAGCUUCCACUGCGACGUGGUUGGAGUGCCCAGGCCUGACGUGACCUGGGAGAAGCAAAGUGAGCGGCGUGAGCGCCUGGUCAUGAGGCCUGACCAAAUGUACGGCAACGUUGUCAUCACCAACAUUGGACAGCUGGUCAUUUACAACGCCCAGGUGUGGGACACGGGCAUCUACACCUGCAUUGCCCGGAACUCUGUUGGAGCACUCCGGGCAGACUAUCCACUGUCCGUCAUCCGCCGGGCUGAGGACGACUUUUCCGAGGAUCCAGAAAUGCCCAUGGGCCGGCCCUUUUCCCCGGCAGACUGCCUUGCUGAAGUGGACUUGAGAGUGUGCAGCGGCGAGCGUCACGUGGACUGGUACUAUGACAGCAAACUGGGCUCCUGUGUAACCUUCAGCAACGGCGGCUGCGACGACAGCCGCAACCGCUUUGAGACCUACGAAGAGUGCAAGGCCUCCUGCCAGAGGGAGGGGAUGGGGGUAUGCUCCCUGCCCGCCGUUCAAGGCCCCUGCAAAGUCUGGGAGGCCCGGUGGGCCUGGAAUUCUAUGUUGAAGGAAUGUCAGCCGUUUGCAUUCGGUGGCUGCCAAGGGAACGCCAACAACUUCCAAACCAAGAAAGAAUGCGAAGCAAACUGUCCCCAGCCCAAGAGGAGACCCUGCAGGACGUGCCGGAUGAGGGGCAAAAUGAUGUCCAGCUUGUGCCGGAGUGACUUUGUCAUCGUAGGCCGGCUGACGGAGCUGGUGGAGGACCUGAACUCCGGGCUGGCUCGCUUCAGCUUGGACGAGGUCCUGAAAGACGAGAAGAUGGGCUUGACCUUCUUCAACACGAAAAACCUGGAGGUGACCAUAUCCAAGAUGGACUGGAGUUGUCCCUGCCCCAACAUCACGGUGGAGGAGAACCCUCUGCUGGUGAUGGGCCUGGUGCACGACGGCAUGGCCAUUAUCCAGACGGACAGCUACGUCAAAGCCAUAACAGAGCGGCGGCUGCGGCGGCUACGCGCAGCUCUGCACAGAAAGGCGUGCGAGCCGGUCCAAAGCCCGGCAAGGACCAACGAUCCCUCAGAUCACUAAAAUAUGACUUUAAUUUAUUUUUGUUUACCACACUUGAAAGUCAAUUAUUUAGUACAAAUAUUCAUCACAAUUUCAACAGUAACAGUUAGAACUUUAAAACUAUUAAUCCAGUUAGUUACCCCCAAAAGUGAAGCAAAAUAAUGUAUAUAAUUUUUUGAGUUCCACUGCAAUCAUCUUUUGAUUGAUUUUAGAAUAAACCCAUUUUCGCGUGACGUCACACAAAACGGCGAGUGUGCAGAAUGACUUCUAGUUCUACAUUAUGUCAAUGGUUUAGAACGACAAAGCUGACAGCAGAACGCUGUUAAAGCAAUUUUACGUAAAUAAUAAAA